AUGAAGCUCAAUUUCUUUGCCUUACCCCUCGCGAUAUUGCUAGCUUUCACUGCCCGGGAGGCAGUAGCAAGCGAGCGCAAGAUCACAUCUACCGGCUUCCAGCAAGUCUCCCGCGACUCACCCCAUUUGAUGGCAAGAGACACACCCAUAGACCGCAGAAGCAAGCUUCGCUGGUUCAGAAAACUCAGGUUGAGAAGGAAGGCAAAGGCCUGCAUCGCGUGUGGCAAGCCGCGAACAGCCUUGCCGUCCAGACAAUCUUCGCCUGAACGGCACCCUGUGCAGCAGCAAGCCAGCGAUCAUUCGACAGCAACGUACAGUGGGGCUGGUUCUUCACUUCCUCUAGUUUCUCAAGACAAGUCUCUAUUCUCAAAAGAGCAGACAUCUCCGUCUCCAGCUGGAGGCCCAGCCGGUAGAAUGGAAUUCGAGAAGUACUCCUUGGAGACCAGAUCACCUUGCAAGUGGCUCAAAGACAAACUCAAGGGCUGCUUUCGACCGCCACCUCCACGUGGAAGGGGCAGGGUGGUCGUCAACAACUAUCGAACUCAAGAGCUGAUGGUGCUAUCUCAGCAAGCUCAUGAUCGAGAUCACGGUACCAUCGGCAUCGGCGGAGUCCAACGAGCAUGGAAGUGCAAGUCCAGAGGCACUUGCGUACACGCGUACAGUCAGCAGUUUGAGCCCCCUCCCCCACAAGCGGACGAAGACGAGUGA